GGUGCUAGGUACACUGAUAUGCAUGCGGACUAUACAGGUCAAGGAUUUGAUCAGUUGUUAGAUAUUAUCGAUAAAAUCAAGAAUAAUCCAAAUGAUCGUCGGAUAGUUCUCUCAGCUUGGAAUCCUUCUGAUCUCAAAUUGAUGGCACUUCCCCCGUGCCACAUGUUUGCACAGUUUUAUGUCGCCAAUGGGGAGUUAUCAUGCCAAAUGUAUCAGCGCUCAGCAGACAUGGGCCUGGGUGUACCAUUUAAUAUCGCCUCUUAUGCACUCCUAACUUGCAUUAUUGCUCAUGUUUGUGAUCUCAGACCAGGUGAUUUGGUCCAUGUUAUUGGGGAUACUCAUGUUUACAGCAAUCAUGUCAGGCCCUUGCAGGAGCAGCUUCAGAACCUUCCAAAGCCUUUUCCAAUUUUGAAGAUCAAUCCAGAAAAGAAAAACAUUGAUUCUUUUGUGGCGACUGAUUUCAAGCUCAUAGGUUAUGAUCCUCAUCAGAAAAUAGAAAUGAAAAUGGCGGUGUAGAGAGCUUUCUUUUAUAGGUUUUGGGUGAGCUCAAGGACUCUGAUCUCUACUAGGAGAUAUUUGUUCUCAGUUUUGAGGCAGGUACGUGAUUACAUGUCUUUCUUCAAUAAAUUACUUUUGCUAUGUGCAUGUAAUCUCUUAGUGAUUCGACGGACGGUUUAGUUACCAGUUAGGUUUCUUUUGGUCUAUGUCAUAUUCAAUUUGUAGUUAUAAAUUUCAUAUUAGUAUUAGUAUGUAUAACUAAAACAUAAUUUGUUGUAUUUGACUUCCUGCUAACCCAUUUUAAAUUUUUGGAUGAUGGGUAUUCAAUUCUUACCUUUUAAGAUGGAGACUGAAUUCUACCGCGAAGAAAUUUGAGGUAGGGGCAAUUAUAAUCAAAAUACAAGAGUUAUGUUCUUAUCCAUAUUUUUUCUGAUAAAAAAAAAGCUCUUAUGCAUAUUAAACUAAAAUGAAAAUCAGAAUUGAAGAAUAAAAUGGGAAUUAAACCGGCACCGGUAGCAAUCGCGGGUCUAUAACUUAUAGGAUAGCACUUCUAUUUUUGGUAGCAAAUCGAAUAUUAAAUGGAAAAAAGCAUUGCAUUCUUGUAUUUUAGGGAUUUAUUUUGUGCUUUAUGUUGCUCAGGCAUACUGAAGCCUUGGUUUUCAGUAAUGUUUCAGGUGUAGCUACCGGAGACUUUUUGUUGAUAUAGAGUUGCAUACAAACAUCCAAAUAAAGAUUUGGUAGUUGUUGGAUACAGUUAAAAACUUUAUUUAUGUAGUAAAUGGGAAUCCUUUAGUUCCAGAUUUGGUGGUUCUAAGGUGAUUCAGGAUUAUAUGGUUGUAUCUUUUACUUUUGGAAUCAUUUCUUUUCUAAUGAUGAUGAUAUGAGGCUGACAUUCUAAAACUGCUACAGCUUUGGUAUGAUGUGUUGAGAGAGUUAUGCUGACAAUUUUCUCUUGAUGCAA